UACAAAAAAUGGGAUAGGAUCACCAAGGUGGUGUUGAUGUGACACGAGUUGAUGAGAAGAUCUUACACAAAUGUUUUACAAUAAAAAAUGGUUGACAUAGUACGUGGGAAUUAGCACAUGGGUAUAAAAAAUACUUCACCCUGGUUUCUCUAACAUAAAACACGCGAAACAGCGCCACUCUCGCUCUUCCUCCAACUGAUCAUUCAUUCUGUGGUUUCCUCUUUUUCUCAGAAUGUAUGUAAUUGUACAAUCAAUCACCUUCAAAAUAAAUAAAAUUGCAGGAUCCUCAAAUUCUCUCUCCUAAAAAAACCAAUGGAAAAGUUGAAAGAAACAAUCUUUAAAAUAGCUAAUUCUAACCCAAAUACACCCUCUUUAACUCCUUCCCAAAUUGCCCUCAUUCAACAACAACUCUUACUUGCUGUCCCUGUUCUUCACACUCCAACUCACCCCACUUAUGCUUCUAUGAUACAAAAUGCAAUAAAGGGGUUGAAUGAGAAAGAUGGAUCAAAUGAGGAGUCAAUUUCGAAAUAUAUUAAGGCAAAUUAUGAUGGUUUACCAUGGGCACAUAGUGCAUAUUUAAGCCAUCAUUUGAGUAAACUUUGUAAAAAUGGUGAAAUUGUGUGUUAUACUUCUUCUACUAGUAAGUGUUACACUACACCAGCACUGGCCGCCUUAUUCAAAGAUCAUAAUUCGAGGAGACAACUGGUUAAGCCGAAUUUGCCUAGGGAAAGAAAUGAGCUUGUGAUAAAGGGUGAGGAGGGAAAUGCAGGUGGGGAAGAAGUUGUUGCAGUGAGUAAUAAUCUGGUUGGAGCUGAAGAGGACAAUGAUUUGAUGUUUGGGAGGACCAGGGUGAAUCCGAGGAGGCGGAGUUCAUUUAUUGUUGAAGAAGAUGAUGAAAUUGAAGUUGGGGGAGUUGCAGCUGCUGUAAGACAGCAGAAUAUGGGAAAUAUAAGCAGUAGUCUGACAAUGAUGGAUAUGCAUGAUGAUACCGCUACCAUUGCUGCUGAACUGAUGCUUGUGCCUGAUAAGUGCGUGCCGAAGUCAUCAUUAACCUUAUUUACUUCUUCAGUAUCAAAUGUUCAAGGUGAUGCUGCUGAGCUUCCUGUAGAAGAGUCGAGUUUGAAGGAUAGCGAACUUAUGAUAGUUCCUUAUGAAGAUAAUACUCUAAUGUCAACUGAGAGAAUGAAUCCUAUGAUUGUCUGUGGUUUGACACAGGUACUAACACCAAAAGAAAAGAAGCAUCAGCCAAAAAAGAAAUCAAAAGCUAGCCAAGAUAAAACAGAAGCCUCUUUGGAAUCAAUGCCAUCUCUCCCAGCUUUACCUAAACAGCAGGAGCGUAAGAAUCCCCUGAAAAGAAAAUUGAAAGUUGGCCAACAAAAAAUGGAAGUCUAUAUGGAUUCAAUGCCAUCUAAACCAGCUUUAGCUGUGGGUCGAAAUCUGCUUGACCACGACCUGGAACGUGAGCUUUUGUCUCACAGAGGUCUUGAAACCAAGGCAAGUGGGAUAGAGAGUGAAACGGGGCCACCAUGGAUGAUGCCUAUGUUGAAGGCACUGUACUUCAUCUCUUGCUCACUGCAUGCGUAUUCAAAGAAGAAUGAAUGCAACAUGUUCUGUUUAGAUUGCAUGGGAGAUGCCUUUUGUCUCAAUUGUUUGUCCCUUUACAAUCAGGAUCAUCGUAUCAUUCAGGUAAGAAGAUCAUCAUACAACAAUGUGGUGAGAGUGAAUGAGAUACAAAGGCACCUAGACAUAUCAGGCAUUCAAACAUACAUUAUUAAUAGUGCAAAGAUUGUGUUCCUCAAUGCCCGUCCUCAGACAGCUGCAGGCAAGGGUUUCCACACAUGUGAAAUUUGUUGCCGCAGCCUCCUUGAUUCCUCCAGAUUUUGUUCUCUUGGUUGCAAGUUCAAGGAAAGUGAAGAAGCCUGCAUAUCAUCAUCUAUGCUCUUAGAUGGUCCCAUUGAACAGUUGGAGAAACAGAAGAAUUUGGACCCUUUGCACCCAAAUGGCCUUGAAGAGCUUAUGCCAGUGGAUGAUGACGAUGAUUUGCCUCUUCGAACAGUGUUAAAGAAGUGUGGCAAGCGAAAAAAGGACGCAGUGCAAAAAUCAGCAGCAAAGUCUCCUUUACUGACAGAGAUAUCUCCUGAACCAGAAACUAAUUUGAUUGUUGAAGAAGAGGCCUCCAUGCUUCGCCAAUUUGACAAGAUCAAAGGCCAUGAAGAUCAUGAAGAGCCAAAUCCGACAGUAAAUACUUCUUUAGGGAUAGAUGCUUCAUCUGAACCAGUAACCAAUCUGAUUGUAAAAGAGACAACUUCCAUGCUUUCCCAAAUUAAUAUCAAAAGUCAGGAGGAGAUUGAUAGGCAAACAGUUCAUCUAGAGGUUGAGCCAUCAGGAAUACUUGUAACUGGACAUAUGACGUCAGACAAUCUACAAAGUGAGCAAAAGAAACACCAAGACCAGCCCAUAACCGCAUCACCUUUAUCAGACCAAUUCUUGCAGAAUCCCGAGUGUGAAAUAGAAGGUCAAGGACAAAAUCAAAAUAAUGUCCAACUUCAUAAUCUAGAAGCACCUGCUGCCACAUUUGAAGAGGAAAAUAUGCCCACUAUCUUUGAAAAAUGUGAGCAGGACAUAAAUCAGUUGAUGAGGGAGUUCCAAGGAAGACCACAAAAACAAUUAGAAAUUAGCAAGGAAGAUACAACAACCUCAUCAAAUGAGCAUCUUCAGCAGCAGGAAAAACCUUCCGAGAAACUGGAGCAGCAAAGGCAGCAGCAGAAAAGAGAUGGCCGGGGGAGGCCUAAGAAAGAAAAGGGAGACAGUGGAGUGGUUGAUUCAUUGAAUUUACAACCUCAGCAGCUAAGCAAAUGGCUGAAGAAAGGUGGCCAAGGAAGGCCAAGGGAACAAUUGGAAUCAACUAAAGAAGAUGCAAUAGCUGUGUCGAAUUCGCUUCUUUGUCAACAAAAAGGGUUCUCUGAGACAGCAACUGAUCAGCGUUCUCAGCUGCUAAUCAACCAGAAGAAGAAAGGCCGGGGAAGGCCACGAAAGCAAACAGAAGCAACCAAGGAAGACAAACUUGGUUCUUUCAACUUGUUUCUCAACUCACAAGAAGGGUCAUGUGAAUUCAAAAAUAUUCCGAAUUCUUUGCAGAAAAUUAAACUUAUAGAAACGAAUGGCUCAGGAAGGCUACUUCAGAAGGAACCAGCCAAGAUGCAGCAGAUUCUUUAAAUUUGCAUAUCAAUCAACAAGAAG